AUGGCCUCGACCUCCGCUGCCGCCGGUCUUCUGGGCCGCCAGCUCAAGCACAUGCAAACGGAUAAGGACAUUCCGGGUAUUAGUGUCGGUCUCGUGGAUAACAACGUCUUCGAGUGGGAAGUCAUGCUCAUGAUUAACGACGACUGCAAAUUCUACGGAGGCGGCUUCUUCAGAGCGCGUCUUUCUUUCCCGUCCGAGUACCCUCUGCUUCCUCCAAAGAUGAAGUUCGAAACCCCCAUUUUUCACCCCAACAUCUACCCUAACGGCGAGGUUUGCAUCUCGAUUCUCCAUCCUCCGGGUGAUGACAAAUACGGCUACGAAUCUGCAUCGGAGCGUUGGUCGCCUGUUCAGACGCCUGAAACAAUCCUCCUCUCCGUUAUCUCUAUGCUCUCAUCACCAAAUGAUGAGAGCCCUGCUAAUGUGGAGGCUGGGAGACUCUGGCGCGAUGAUCCCAAGGAAUUUAAGAAGAAGGUUAGGAAGUGCGUGAGGGAUAGCCUCGAGGAGGGCAUGUAA